UUAGAUCGGGAUAGUUAUGUCCCAACAAGACUUCCAUACAUCAGGCUUUAUAAAGGAAUAACUCUGCAAAGCGUCUCUUCCUUGCUGUGGAUCUGGCGGGGAUAUACGUACAAUGAAUAUCAAGGGUGUAGCAAUAUUUUUGGCGGCCAUGGUGGGGGCACAGUGCCUCCCCAGCUUCUCACAACAUCCCCGUCAUUCCAAGAAGACACACCACGUCACCAUGACAAAACAAGUCGCGCCCUUCGGAGGUGUAGCCCUCGACCUCUGUCCAACCUGUGUCCAGUUCACUGGAGAAGCCAUUGAUCAACUCCUCAACAUCAUUCUCAAUCUCGGGGUUGUUGGAUCCUGUGAAAAAUUGUGCGCAGCUCUUGGUCAGAAGACCGGAAGUCAGGCCCUGGCGGUCGUCUGCGAUCUUCUCUGUGACAUUGCUGGUAUUGACGAGUUUGUGAAACUCAUUCAGAAGGCUGAUCUUGACCCAAUCUAUUUCUGUGAACUUCUUAACGUAUGCCCUAUUUUUGAUGACGGGGAUGCCAAAAUUACGGAACUUGCAAUCGUCCCAGCAUCAGGACCCCAAGGUCAGAAAACAAUCAACUUUUCUUACACCUCCAAGAACGGGACCGGAACUGGAGAGAUCGUUGUUCUUGUAGAGACAAUUGAUGGGCUUCCAAUUGAGGAUAGUUUCCUGAACCAGAAGUCUCCAGCAGGCACCUAUCCCACCCGUAUGACCCUGAAGGCUGAGCCUGACCCCAGCUGUGACCCAUCCCAGGGACCGUGCGAGCAGUGGCUACCAGGAAACUACACCCUACGUGUUGAUAUCUGUAAUGGCGAGUGCGGCAGCGACCAUCCCCACAGCAAGAUCUACGACAGACGCUCCAUCUCUUUCCUCAUCACUGCAUAGAUAUAUUGUGUUGUAAGGACUUAGUUGGAAUAAAUAUGGAAAAUGUAA